UCUAAAAGGGAGAAUGAGGAGGAUGAGAAAGCGUCUCUCUGCUCCAGGAAGAAGCCAUUAGAAAAUGCUGUCCUGCAUUUAUUAUUCUCAUCUCUUUUUGCCUGGCUGAAACACCGUGUGCAAAUGAAGCUUGUUUGUGAACUGGAGGUGAUUGCAUUAGGGCAGUGCCGUUUCCUUCGAUGCUUUAAAGUGGGUGAAAAAGAUCCAGCUGUCUCUUCACUAGACUGAUAAGCAGGGUAUAAUUUACAGACGGGCUCCCCCUUUGGUUUCUCUUAUGGAUGUGGAUAAGAGCAUGGCAGCACCUGUUCUUAAUCUGAGCUAAAUCCAACAACAAAGAACCCAAGGACAAUUUUUUGCUCGAUAAACAAGCUAGAAGGGAAAAAAUCCACUUGUCAGUUUCCUGCUUUUUUUUCCUCUGUGCACUACGGGAAUCUGGAAGACUUAAAGCUUUCAUACAAUGUGCUGCAUGGAAAGAUUGAUUUGAAAAGUGUUUCUGAGCAGUCACCACAUUCAUGAUACUGGGGGAAGAGAAUCCUUCAAACUGUGCUGUGAUCGACAGGAAAGGAGAAAGGCUUUCUCUAAAAGUUAAUUAGUUUAAUGCAAAUGUAGCAGAAACAGGUCUCAUAGCUGCUUCCUUAUCUCAGCGCAUGUGGGACGAGCUACUCCCCUUAUCGUCUGCUUUCUGAAGGAAGAUGACUUCUAAGCAGGAAGAUGCUGCCUUGGCCAAUUUUCUUCAAUUCAUUGAAGAUAAGGGACUGAGGGCUUAUGACGCUUUGGUGAUUCAGAAUGCCUCAGACAUUGCUCGUGAAAAUGAUCGCAUGCGGAAUGAAACAAAUUUGGCAUACCUCAAGGAAAAAAGUGAGAGAAGGAGGAGACAAGAGGAAGCAAUAAAGCGGCUAGGUGGAGAUGUAGGAAAAGGAGGUGAAGGCACUUGCAUGGGAAAACACUUUCGUAUGGGAUUCAUGACGCUGCCUGCUCCUCAAGACCGCCUGCCACAUCCUUGUGCCAGUGGCUUUUCGGUGAGGUCACAGUCACUUCAUUCUGUUGGGGGUAGCGAUGAUGAAAGUCAUGCCUGCGUGCGCAAGCAGCCGCCUCCAAAGCCCAAACGGGCUCCGAGCACGAAGCUGAGCAUCUCGGCAGAAACUGUGAAUGCUGGCUUGACUGGAACACCAGGACCAGGAGGAGCACCAGUCGGAGCAGGGGGUGCCCCUGUUGGAACAGGGUGGCCUCUGGGAGCAGACGGGGCUCCAGAAACGGCGGGGACAUCAGGAAUGGAAGGGGCAUUGGGAUCAGGAGGAAUAGCUUCAGCAGCUGGAGUAGGAACAGCAGCGACAGCUGGAACAGGAGGGUCGCCGGGAUCGGGAGGAACAACAGUAGCAGCUGCAAUAGGAGGGUCGUCAGCAGCAGUGGGAACAGCACUGAAGGAGCUUGAAAAAAAUGCGGCAUCAACAAAACCCAGACCCCACAGCGAUGAAUAUGGCAAGAAGAUACCACCUCCUAAACCAAGGCGUGACCCAAACACACAGCUCAGCACGUCCUUUGAUGAAACGUACGGCACAAAGCACGGUAGUAGAAAGUCGACCGCUGGGGCAAGCAAAGAGAGCACUUCAGGACAAGCUUUUAGUCCAACUCGGGGUACUGAGGAAGAAGAGCCUGUGUACAUUGAAAUGGUCGGGAAUAUAUUACGUGAUAUUAAAAGGGAAGAUGAUGAUCAAAGCGAAGCAGUUUAUGAGGAAAUGAAGUAUCCAUUAUUCGAUGAGGUGGUCCAAGACUUCAAGUGGGGCAGUCCAGGUCAUAUAGACCCUCAUUCUCAGUGUCCUACUCCAACUGUGCCUGAAGUGGAUAUUACAAAGUCUUCAAUCCCAUCAACUCCAAAGGGCUUAUUUUGUGAGAUUCCACCUCCAUUCCCAAAUCUGCUCCCUCAUCGUCCCCCUCUGUUAGUGUUUCCGCCAGCUCCAAGCCAAUGCUCUCCAGCUUCUGAUGAAUCCCCUUUAACUCCUCUUGAAGUCAUAAAGCUCCCAGUACUAGAAACAAGCAUAUCUUAUAUCAAGCAAACUGGUGCUUCCCCAUCAUCUCUCCCUGCUCAGUCUUCCGGAUACCAGAAAGUAGAAAAAGACUUGCCACCUUCCCAUGGAAUAAGUGCAACUGGAAGGCCCUCCUCCCCACCACUUCCAUCAACUCUUUAUAGGACGCCAUCACCUCAUAGUCUUCAAAGUCAUUUCAGUCACUCAAUAACUCCAUCUCCUAUCACUAUGGGGCGGUCCAUGACUCCUUUAGGCCUAAAAAGACCCCCACCCUAUGAGUCUAUACAUCCAACACCAAGAUGUUCUUCCGCAGUGCCUCAGUCUACAGUGAAAACCCCAGUACAGGAAGGAGGAAAGACGGGAAAUGUCUCUUCUUCCCAAGGAUCUGCGCAUAGUGGGUCACGAUCCAGAACGCCAACCAGUCCCUUGGAAGAGCUCAGCUGUCUCUUUACCUCAGGAAGGAGUCUGUUGAGGAAAUCGGCCAGUGGAAGGAAAUCCAAGGAGCCCAUGGAAAAACCAGGGGAGGACCAAAAGGGGCGGAACACCAGCACUGAACCAUUGCCAAAGGCAGAGAGCAAAGAGAAAGGGGCUCAUGGUGCUUCAGGAGAACCAAUCAAAUCUCAGGAAUGGGAUGGUAGCCCUGGACCACCAGCACCAGUGACCAGUCGAAUGGGAAGGUCCUCAGUUAGCCCGACUCUGUUAGCAGGGCAUAACAGUUCAGACACCAUGCGUCAAGAGACAAAGACGAGCUGCAAGCUGGGCCGGUCUGCUUCGACUUCAGGUGUGCCUCCUCCAUCAAUCACCCCUCUCAGGCAGUCCAGCGAGUUGCAACAGAGCCAGGUCUUUGGAGCAACUGCAAGAGGAUCAGAAGAUGACCAGGCAUUGUAUCAACAGUGGUUCUAUGGAGACAACACAAUACUUGAAAUGAUUGAGAAGAAACGCAGUUUGUGUAAAGAGAUCAAGUCACGCCAGAAGCCAGAUAAAGGUCUUUGUAAACAAGACAGCAUGCCCAUCCUGCCAAGCUGGAAGAAAAACAGUGCAACAACAAAGAAUCUGAAACUGACGGCAUCACCCUGUACAAAACCACAGACUGUUCUCUGGGACACAGCAAUCUGACAAAGUCCUCUGUGAAGCAUGCUUCCCCCAAGGUUUUGACCUCUAACCAUUACAGGCACCCUCCAAGAGUAAUUUCCUAGAUGACUGUUGUUCGACCUUUGAUGCCCACAUCGGUUUGCCCACCUGGACCCUUCAGUUCUGUCGGCUCAAACGAUUCAGUUGCCUUGAGGAGACCAUGGUUCACUGUGACUGGAGCCAACAUGUCACAUGACAGAGGCUGAACCAAUUACCAUGCCGAUCAACCGUGGCAGCGACCCAGGUUCAAGCUGCCUUAUAGAAGCACUGUUGUGAAAUAAUAUUUAAAAGUAAUAUUGCUAUAACAAUAAAUAAUUAAACAGCUGUGCUGUUAUGUGAAUGGAUUUUAAUAUAAUUAAUUUUAUUGUCAGCUUUUAAGAAAUUGCAAUCAAUCAGAGGCAGGCAUGAGAGGAGGUGGUUGGUAGAGGGAGCUUGAUUCUUGACCACCAAAGGGGAAUCUCUCCUCUGUGCACUGUGUGUAACAAAACCAUAAGCCUGUUCUUUAACAAGAGAUUUGCAAUGGUGUUGCAUGGUGAGCACAUAUGGGAUAUUCUCUGCCUGUUCUAAAUAUUUUGUUCUAUGAGCACUUUUUUAUCCUGUUUCAAAGACAAAGGGAAGAUGAGUCCCAAUGGUCAUUCAGUCUGCAGGAGAAUGCAGACAUCCACCUCUUUAGUUACUGAUAAAUUUCAGCGGGAUGCCAUCCUGCUCUGCAGAGCUCUCUUAACGGGAGUACCAGUUGCUUUCCUAUGCAAACACCAGUAGAGUUUGGUAUGUUUUGCCAUUGCCUACUACACAGCCCUGCUCCUCUCUCUGGUCUGCACUAAUUGAUAAUACAUUUUUAAAAAGGAAAACUUAUCAAAUGCUCAAAGCACUAGGGUAAAAAUCUUUUAACACUGAACCACUGGGUUUAGGUUUGAUUUUUGUAUACGACUCAACAAUGGGACCUAGGAGAGAUUUUCCUUUUCUGUACCACCAGUAGAUCAUCUGGGAUGUUGGGAAAUCAGAUGGGUCAGAAUGCACACCUUAUAAUGGGGCUCAUCUGAUUUAACCAUUUAAAUCAAGGAAAUUCAGACUGAUUCCUUCCCAGGUGUUUUUUUUUCCCCAGCUGAUUAUACAACUUUUGUUGGGCCUGGGCACAUUAGCACAGUUGGUGUGAACUCAGGAAAAUCUCCCCUACCUUGAUCAGAAUCUGUGCAAUGUAAUCUCAGUAGAGGCUGUUUGUUCAAAACCUGUUGAAAAGUAAACAGGAGGAGUUGAAGGCUUUCAAAUAUUUUUUACUGAUGUGUAUUGACCUAUGAUAUAUCUAUAUAUAAAUAUAUAUAUAUAUAUAUAUAUAUAAUUAUGAUGUUAUUGUCCCGUAUUCACUUUUCUUGAAUUUUAAUAGUAUAAUUGAAUAUAGUGUGAACUUUAUAGUAUUUUUGUGUAAAGCACACUGUGAAUAAAAAGAGAAAAAAAGCACAGUCAAGGCACACCUAAAGAUUAUCACAGUCAGUGCAUGCAUCUCAACAGAGAUCAUAAUUUUACAACAAUGCCAUAGUGCAUAAAUCAUGUAUCAAUCAUAGUCCAUGCACUCAACAAAAUCCAUAAAGCUGGCACCAGUCAAGAUACAUACAUUCAACAAUAGUCAAACUACACAGUGUCAAAUCAUACUAUAUAGAUUCAUCACCUAUUAUUCCAUGUAUACUCAUCAUCAUUCAUAGUGCCUUUAUCCAAAAUUGAUUAUAGUCUACACAGCCAAUAAUGAUCUUGGUGCAUAAAUCUAGUAUUGUUCAUAGUUUAUACAGCCAGCAACUAUCAGAGAAAGGCCCAACACAAAUAAUAGAAUAUGACCCUAGCACUGACCACAAUCACAAUGUAAGCCCCAAUAUCAAUCAGUGAUCACAGACACACCCCCUUCAAUCAUUGGCAAUAUUUGCAUCCCAACAUCAUCAGUCAAAUACACAUAUUCCUGUAUUGAUCAUAAUUAGUGCACAUAUAUAAGUAAUGAGCAGUUAGUGUGCGCACCCUACCUGUGUAUAUUCCAGUAUCUUGAUAUGAGUUGUUCUACGUAUCCUAACCUUGGUCAAAAUAAGUUCACACACUCCGAUUCUGAUAGAGCCGCUACACACAAUCCCAAUUUAAUGAGUAUAUGUAUCCUCACUUCGAUCAGAUUCAUCUCAUAAAUCCUAAAAUCCAUCAGAGCCAGGAUAACCACACUAGGAUCACAGCCAGGACAAACCUAAACAUUAUUCCAGGUACUUAAUGCAUUCCAAAAAUGGAUUACAUUCAAAUUUUAGUCUUCUGUACAUUUAUCCCAACAUCAAUUAUCUUUGAGUCAUGCACUUCAAUAUCCAUCACAGCUAGAACAAAUAUGCCAGGUGGAUUACAAAUGGUGGGUUACAAUCAGUGCAUGCACCUCCUUUCUGUGGCCACAGCGAAACCCAUAUAUCAAUCAAGCUUUCACUCAUAUUCAAAGCUAAAGUACAGUGUUGAGUAACUCACUUACUCUGCAUACAUGCAUACAAGGCAUAUAUAAUAACACACAAUCAACAUAGUUACAAUACACACGGAUGCAUGCACUCUUAUGCAUGCACACAUCUGCACAUACACACACAUACAAACACACACACACACACACACAUGCACACAUUGUCUUCUUGUCAUUUUAAAUACCAUUGUAUCAGUUUUUAUUUUUAGUCAAAAUAGUCAUUUUAAGCAACUUCAAUGAAAACAGUGUUUGAAACAAAAUACCUAUUCUAAUAAUUUGAUCAUUUGUAUAUUUGCAAUUUCUUGGAUAAAAAUUGCAGAGAAUCCUCCAGUGGCCUACGAAUUAUUCAAUGUACAGAUGUGGACUGAAAUGAGUUUCAGUGGUGCAAGAUGUUCAUUCCAGCUCAACUGUUUACAAAUAAACCUUACAACGUUGAAUGUCCUUUCCAAUCCUCAGUGAUUUUCAUCACAAUGUUAAUAACAGAUAUCAGAUUGAAAAAAUGUGGACAGGCCAAGGAUUCUUGUGAACUUAUAGAAUGAAUGGAUGUGUGUGCAUUGACUUACUGCCCCCUCAUA